GGUUCAAGGAGUCGACUCGUCACAGCAACACAUCACUGGUGCUCAGUUUCUCGUUUUACCAGAUAUGAAUGGUAUCCUGUUGUAAGUUGUCUUCAGCUCUCAUUUCUCUUACACGUCUUGAAAACCAUCAAGAGCUCUCACAAUGAUGUCCGAUGAGAUUAAAUGUGAGGAUCUGGAACCCAUGGCGAGUUCCAGUAGUCCGGAGCAGUUGUCUGAACAAGUGGAAAACGAAAUGCACAUCUGCUCGAGGUGUGGAAAGAGUUUUCCGCACCAGGCUCAUUUCCAAACACACCACUGUGUUCACAUUAAAGGGAAGCCCUAUCAGUGCUCUGAGUGUGAGAAGAUUUUUAACGAUCGCAGUAGUCUUAUCAAGCACCUGCGAAUUCAUACGGGAGAGAAGCCGUAUCAGUGCUCGGAGUGCGGGAAGUGUUUCACGCAGAAGGGUCAUAUCACAAAACACCUGCAGAUUCACACACAAGAGAAACCGUAUCACUGCGCGCUCUGUGGUAAAAACUUUAAUUAUCUCUGCAAUCUCCAACGACACCAACGCACUCACACCGGAGAGAGGCCGUAUCAGUGUUCGCAGUGUAAGAAGAGGUUUAGUGAGAAAGAUGGUCUCAUAAGACACCAGCGCAUUCACACAGGAGAGAAGCCGUAUGAGUGUUUGGAAUGUGGGAAGAGUUUUACUGAACGAGGGAGCCUCUUAAAACACCAGAGGAUUCAUACAGGGGCAAGGCCGUACGAGUGCUCGUACUGCGAAAUGACUUUUACACAAAGGUGUAAUCUCCAGCAACACGAGCGCAUUCACACAGGAGAUAAACCGUUUUACUGCCUCGAGUGUGGGAAGAGUUUUAAUCGGGAGACAGCUCUCCAAGUGCACCAGUGCAGUCACACGGGGGAGAAGCCGUAUCACUGCCCUGAGUGUGGGAAGAAUUUUAGCGACCAGAGUAAUCUCCGACAACACCGUCGAAUUCACACAGGAGAGAAGCCGUACAUCUGCUCGCAGUGUGGGAAGGGUUUUACGCAGCACUGCCACCUCCAAGUCCACCAGCGCAUUCACACGGGGGAGAGACCGUUUCCCUGCCCCCAGUGUGGGAAGAGUUUUACACAGCAGUGUCAUCUCCAGCGUCACCAGCGCAUUCACGUGGGAGAAGUCGUAUCAGAGCUGAUAGUGUGGGAGGAGUUAUACAGGGCAAUGUCGCCUCCAGGUACCCCAGCACCAUCAGAGAGCUAUCAGUACUGGAUGAGUGGUAUCCUGUCUUCUCCUUUUGCCCUCAUUCCUACACACCUUAUAUUUACAUCUGCAAUAACAUCAAGGGAUCCAACAUUGAAGUCUGAUGAGAUUAAAUGUGAGAAUCUGGAUCCCACAGAGAGUUCUGGUAAACACCAAAUGUCCUCUCUCCACACUAAUGUCUCUUGCAAACGAGAGCAGGAAGAAAUUCACCCCUGUUCGCAGUGUGGGAAGAGUUUCACUCGAAAGCAUGGUCUCAAAGAACACCAGCGGAUGCACAUGGGACAGAAGCCGUAUCAGUGCUCACACUGUGGGAAGAGUUGCAGUCGAAUGAGUGAUCUCAUAAAACAUCAACGAGUUCACACAGGAGAAAAGCCCUACGAGUGCUCAGAGUGUGAGAAGAGAUUUAGCAACCAGAGUGCGCUCCGAACCCACCAGCGCAGUCAUACAGGAGAGACGCCGUAUUCCUGCUCGCAGUGCGGUAACAGCUAUAAAUACCACCGUAAUUACCGGCGUCAUCAGCGAGUUCACACAGGAGAGAAGCCGUAUCAGUGUUCACAUUGUGAGAAGCAUUUUAGUGAGCGUCGUACUCUCGUAGAACACCAGCGAAUUCAUACAGGAGAAAAACCUUAUAGAUGCUCGCAGUGUGAGAUGAGUUUUGCGCAACAUAAUGCUCUCCGACAGCACCUGAGCGUUCACGCAGGAGACAAACCUUACUCUUGUUCAGACUGUGGGAAGAGUUUUCGACAAAAGACUUCUCUAAAAUUACACCAACACAUUCACACAGGGCAGAAGCCGUAUCACUGCUCACAGUGUGGGAAGAGUUUCAUUCACCUGUCUAAUCUCCAGAUACAUCUCCGCAUUCACACGGGAGAGAGACCUUUUCAUUGUUCUCAGUGUGACAAGAGUUUUAUCGAGAGUGGUUGUCUGAUACAGCACCUACGAAUUCAUACAGGAGAAAAGCCAUAUCACUGUUCAGACUGUGGGAGGAGUUUUAGACAAGGGAGUACUCUCCGAAACCACCAGCGCAUUCACACAGGAGAGAAGCCCUAUCGGUGCUUGCAGUGUGAGAAGAGAUUUAGUCACCAGAAUUCUCUCCGAAUACACCAGCGCGUUCACACGGGCGAGAAGCCAUACCGGUGCUCAGAGUGCGGGAAGAGUUAUACUCGCAGACUUAAUCUCCGAAAACACCAGCGUUUUCAUGCAGGAGAGAAGCCGGAUCCCUUACAUUCCUGUUUCAAGUGUUCUCCUGCUGUCUUCCGUUUCUCACCUCUCAAACUGACCUCUGCAAGAACAUCAAGUGAUCCAACUAGGAUGAAAGUAGAGGAGAUUAAGUGUGAGCCUCUGGAACCCACAGAGAGCCCUACUAGUCAACAAAACUCCUCUUUCUACAUAAACACCUCCCCCACACAUGGGCAGAGACAAAUUCAUCACUGUUCACACUGCGGGAAAAGUUUCACGAGAAAGAGUCAUCUCAGGGAACACCACCGGAUUCACACAGGAGAGAAGCCGUAUCUCUGUUCCCAGUGUGGGAAAAGUUUCUCUGUGAAGAGUAAUCUGGAACAGCACCAGCAGAUUCACACAGGAGAGAAGCCGUAUCUCUGCUCACACUGCGGGAAGAGUUUCACUCAGAUGAGUACUCUGAAAAAGCACCAGCGCAUUCACACUGGAGAGAAGCCAUAUCAGUGUCCACAGUGCGGGAAGAGCUUUAUCGAGAAAGGUAACCUCAUAAAGCAUGAGCGAAUUCAUACGGGAGAGAAGCCGUAUCACUGUUCGCACUGUGGGACGAGUUUUACAGAAAGGAGUGCUCUCCAGCAACAUUUGCGCAUUCACACAGGAGAUAAACCGUAUCAGUGCUUAGACUGUGGGAAGAGCUUUAAUCGAGGAAAUACUCUCCAAGUCCACCAGCGCGUUCACACCGGAGAGAAGCCGUAUCACUGCUCGCAGUGUGGGAAAAGUUUUACUCGACAGGGUAGUCUCCAGAUCCACCAGCGCAUCCAUACAGGGGAAAAGCCCUACUACUGCUCAGAGUGUGGCAAGAGUUUCAGGGACCAUAAAAACUUUCAGCGUCACCAGCGCGUUCACACCGGCGAGAAGCCGUAUUACUGCUCCGAGUGCGGCAAGAGUUUCAGUGACCAGAGAAAUUUUCAGCGACACAAGCACAUACACAGAACUGUUAACGAGGACAUGCUCCAGUUCUUAUGAGGUUUAUUUUGAAGCACUUUACAUUGCAUGUGUAAUCAUACAGCUUGGGGAGUUUUUUGUCUGUGGGCCAUUGAUGAAUAAGCAUUUUGAAAGGCAAAUGUAUUUAGCAAUUGUUGAAACAAUAGUUGUACUUAUUUAUAUGGAAACAUACAGUUUUAUGUCAAUUUUUAGCAAGUCUUUGUCAGCCAUGGUCUUAAAAAUGAUCAUGUGGUGGUUUUCCCUCCAAAUCAUGUUUCCUUAACCUGUUUAAAAGUCUCUAAUGCCGCUUUUCCACUACCAACGCGGCUGAGUCGGGCUGAGCCGUGUCGAGCUGAGCGGGGCUGUUGGAGUUGCAUUUCGACUACAACCGCGCUGAACCGUGCUGGCUGGAAGUGGGUGGACACAUUGGGUGGAGUUAGCGAAAGUGGGUGGACGUCAGGUGAUGUCGUUAGGCGGCGCAAACAGUGACAUCAGUGAUCUUUUAAGCGGUAGUCUCACGACCCGAAUAGUAAACAAUAAACAUGGAGGACAUGGAGUCGUUAGUGUUGCUGGUCUUGGUGCUGUGGCUUGUUGUCACCGACAACGCCAAAACAUACUGGCAAGAGCGUAUAGAUGAGGCGAGGCGCAUAAGGCUUCAGAAAUUCUCAUAAUUCUCCUUCCGGGUUUACGGUGUUUACAGAUCCCAGCGUGCUCGCGGGGCGUGUGUGGGCGUGUGAGGACACUCCUCCUCACCAAUCAGUGCACAGGGGAGUGUCUGCUCACGCCCCCAGCCCCACUCAGCUCGGUUUGGCUCGCUUCAGCCCUACUCCAAAACCGUGCGAGUUUUGGGGGCUGAGCAGGGCUGAAGCGAGCUGAGUCGUGCUGUUCUUCGGUAGUCGAAACGCGAGCCGUGUCGGGCUGAAGCGAGCUGAAAAAGGGUAGUGGAAAAGGGCCAUAAGUAUUACAAGUACAGUAGCAUCGGUAUAAAACCUGCAGACGUCAGUCAUGAAUUUCUGCAAGUUGGGAUCUUUAUAUUUACAUUUGUCUCUUAUAACCGCACACUUCCUGUUCAUACAGUUUAGACUUUAUGUAUAAACACAAAACUGAUUUAAAAUGUUAAAUAAAUAAAUACAUACGAGACAAGUAUCCACUUGAGCACUUUGUAUCAGCCACAAGUUUUAUUUUGAAUUUUAAUACAGGUACUGAUGUUACUGGUUAUAAUGUGUAGCUACAACAACUGAUGACACCAUGUAUGGUUUAAUUUUAAAAACGCGCACACUAAACCAUGUCUGAUAUUGUCAUGGACAAACAUUUGAUAAAACAUUAAUGUUAAACAUUAGACUGCCAAUGGAUGGACAUGAAUAGAAGAUUUGUGUUUCAGUGUCAUGGAAAAGCAAAUCCUUCUGUGUUUUUUUGUUUUUUUC